AAACUACCGUGAACAGCAAGUGUGUUGUGUUUCCGUGUACGUCCCCGUGGCUGCCCAUUUAACUAAAACACGGAACAAGGAAACAAACACCUGCAGUUGCGCAUCUUUCACUGGCUCUCAUACCACUCGUUUUCCUCUGACAACAAUACGUCCCAGAGUUCACAAAUACAAACUGAUCUCAUCAUAGGACAAUGUCUGAGGGUAAAACAGUCACUUUCAAGGAUGUGGAGCUGGAGCCCCCAGAACUAGGACCAGAGACCCAGUCCUCCUCUCAUCUGGACACGACACAGACCUCACCUCAGCCCCAGAGUCAACCUGACCCCCAGAGCAACCAGACGCCCCAGAGUCAACCUGACCCCCAGAGCAACCAGACGCCCCAGAGUCAACCUGACCCCCAGAGCAACCAGCUGCCCCAGAGCAACCAGCCGCACCAGAGCCCCCAGUCCCAGAGCCCCCAGUCCCAGAGCCCCCAGUCCCAGAGCCCCCAGGUCCCGGAGAGUGGUCAUCCCGAGGUAGAGACAGAGGAGAGAGGGUCUGCUGCCCCUACACCUGAUACUGGAGCUGGAGCUAGGGAUGGAGCUGGACCCGGGGCCAAGGGGAACCGUUGGACUUCUGCACUAAAUCAGUUCAAACUCAAGAGGUUCUUUGUUUUGCAGCCUGGGACCCUGGACCAAGCCCUGGAAGACAUCAAGGCUCUGAUCAAUCAGGAGGACGGAGCUGUCCACGGUGUCUGGCUCAUGCUGAACUCAGAGGUUGCUGACGAUGAAGAGGGGGUGUGGGAGACAGAGGGGGUGUGGGAGCACAGAGGGGUGUGGGAGACGGGGGUGUGGGAGACAGAGGGGGUGUGGGAGACAGGAGGGGUGUGGAUGACAGAGCGGGGAGAGGGGGUGUGGGAGACGAGGGGGUGUGGAGACAGAGGACACACCACAGGACACUUCCCAGGCUCCGAUGAUCAGCUGGAACUAGACACGGACACUCUGAUCACAGACACCUCCCUGCUGGUCUGUAAGUACGACUUCGUCAUGCUCAACAUUGAGCAGAUACAGAAAAUCCCUCUCAACUUCAUAGACCGCAUCUCCCAUGGCAACUUCAGCUUCCCUCAGCGGUCUCUCCUCAC